CGGGCCGGAAGGGGAGCGGGAGGAGGGUGGCCGCGCAGGCCGCCGGCUCCGGGCUGCAGCGCCGCCGCCCGCAUGGAGCCCAACGUGCGCUUCGGGAUCGUCGAACGCCAAUCCUUUUUUCAGAGAUUUCUUCUGUGGACAGAGCUCUUGGACCCUACCAAUCUGGUCCUCUCCAUCGAAAAAAUUGAAAAAUCGCGGCAAAUACUGUUAACAAAUGAAGAGGCUUUCAAACUCGACUCGGAAGACCCCCGGAUCAUGGAAGCUUGGAAGAGAAGUCUCUCCACGGUGCACCCCGACAGCAGCAGGCUCAUCCCCGUCGCCCUCCGGCCAGCAGCGUUCCUGCCCUUCACGGCGCCCAUGGUGUUCUUGUCACUCCUGCCAACGAAAACCCUCAAGUCCAUGAUUCUGCCUCAGGUCUCCCUGUACACGUACUGCACCGCCUUCAACCUGGCCAACGGCAACGCCAGCUACAACCGAGGCCCGAUCGAGAGUGUGCUGCUGGGGGCGGGCGUCACGGCUUCUUCCACCUUUUUCGGAUUGAUUCCUCGUUGGGUGUUCAAGGCUCCAUUGAAGAACACUCUGCUGAGGAAAUCCUUGCCUGCCGUCCUCCUAGCUUACAUCAGCGGGAUGAAUGUGGUCGCCACCCGGAGCCUGGAGCCCAUGCGGGGCAUCGAGGUGAUGGACAGAGAAGGGAACAUCAUCGGCUACUCCAGGAAGGCCGGGACUAAGGCCGUGAAGGACACAGCGACGUCCAGGGUGCUGCUCUUCGGGACCUCGGCGCUUAUCCCCGAAGUCUUCUCUGUCUUCUUGAAAAAGUCGCAGAUCUUCGUGCGGUUCCCGUGGUCGCUGUGGCCCCUGAAGCUGUCGUGCACGGUGCUGGUGCUGGGGCUGAUGGUGCCGCUGUCCUUCAGCAUGUACCCCCAGAUCGGACAGAUCCCCAGCAGUGAGCUGGAGGAGGAGAUUCAGUCAGCCACGGAGGAGACGGAGCUAUUCUACAACAGAGGCGUGUAGGCGGGUCUGCAGACCUACCCCGGGCUGUGCACGCGGAGCCCGCUGCCCUGUGUCCAGCACCCGGGGCCUGGGCCCAGAGGACGCUCGCCCUCGGCCCUUGUGGGUGCCUUGUCCAGGGCUGCUGAGAGGCGUGAAGGCCGCCUCUGCUGUGUGGCCUCUGGCCUCGGGCAGGACCCUGGAAACGACCAUUAAACUUGUCUCAAGUGCCGGAUCUGAAUGA